AUGGCGUCUGGUCUCUACACCUCCUCAAAACCAUCUCUGUCUUCAUCAUCAUCAUCUUCCUCGUGGCUGUUCUUGCUAGUGACCCUUAUUCCUAUAUCCUUAGCCUGCUUUGCCUUCCUCCUCCAAUGGCCAGAAGGAAUCAACGAUUGGUUUACUGAUAACCAUCUAUUACAAGGAAUAACCUCAAUCUCCAAGAAACGUUCUGACUCAGGCUGUGUUUCUCUUCUUGGCCAGAGCCAUGCUACAUCGUUUCCUUAUCUUAAAGAUUUAAACCUUGACAGCAAGCAGGAUCUGAAACCAAGGAUAUGUAUAACAACAAGCACUUCUGCUGGAUUAGAGCAGACAUUGCCAUGGAUAUUCUAUCACAAAGUCAUUGGAGUUUCAACUUUUUAUCUAUUCGUUGAAGGCACUGCUGCUUCCCCUAACGUGUCUAGAGUUUUAAAGACUAUCCCUGGUGUAAAAGUUAUAUACAGGACAAGAGAAUUAGAAGAAGAGCAGGAUAAAAGCCGGAUUUGGAAUGAGACUUGGUUACAAAAAUUCUUCUACAAACCAUGUAACUAUGAGUUAUUCGUUAAACAAAACUUGAAUAUGGAGAUGGCUAUCACCAUGGCUAGGGAUGAUGGUAUGGACUGGAUACUGCAUCUAGACACUGACGAGCUUGUGCAUCCUUCUGGAGCCAGUGAAUAUUCGUUAAAAACUCUCUUCAGAGACGUUCCUGAAGAUGUGGACGCAGUUAUCUUUCCAAAUUACGAGAGCAGUGUUGAGAGAGAUGAUAUCAAGGCACCUUUCACUGAGGUAUCAAUGUUCAAGAAGAACUAUGAACAUGUUCCAAGAGAUGUUUACUAUGGAAACUAUAAAGAGGCAGCUCAUGGCAAUAACAACUAUUUUCUUACAUAUGGAAAUGGUAAAUCCGCUGCUCGGAUUCAAGAUCAUCUCCGUCCUAAUGGUGCUCAUCGUUGGUAUAACUACAAGAAGAACCCCAAUUUCAUUUUCCUAGAUGAAGCUGUGGUUCUGCACUACACAUACUCAAGAUUUUCAGAUCUUACUUCAAGACGAGAUAGAUGUGGCUGCAAACCAACUAGAGAAGAUGUCAAGAGAUGUUUCAUGCUUGAGUUUGAUAGAGAUGCAUUCAUCAUUGCUUCAACGUCAACUUCAGAGGAAAUGUUGCAGUGGUACAGAGAACAUGUUGUAUGGACUGAUGAAAAACUGAAACUGAAACUUCUCAAGAAGGGAAUCUUGACUCGCAUCUAUGCACCAAUGGUUAUAAUACAAGAGCUAAGAGAAGCAGGUGUGUUCAGCUCAGUGGUGACCUCAGCUCACAUGUCUUUCUCUAACAACUCAAGCAAUAUAGCUAGAAAAUCUUCAUCAUCAUUUCAAGCAACUGUUAGGAAAGUGUUGGAGUUUGAUGAUCUUGUUGAUGAAUCUAAAGCAGAGUCAGCCUUACCACCUCAAUAUCCUCCAAGUGUUUAA